UCGCCACCCGACACGGCCCUGGGGCCGCGACCAUGACGUGGAAUUGGGCUGUCGGCUUGCUUUUUCAGCACCCGCUGCUCUCUCUUCCCACCGGCCAGUGCGAUCCGGCUCGAUUUGAUCUGCACCACACCGAGCACCGCCGAUCGCCAGCAUCGCUCCGUUGCUCCGAGCAGCUUCGUGCACAGCAUCCUGCCUCAAACUUUACUCGUCUUGAAUACUCACCGAUGAGGACCCAUUCCGCACUCGCUGUCUUGGCGAUCUUGGCCUCGCUCGGGGUUUGGUCAGCGACUGCAUCUGCAUCUGUGCCCGAGGCUGCGGUUGCAUCACAGAGCGACCUCAUUUGCAAACCAGAUGCGAGCGGCAAUGAAAUAUGCUACCCAAGGCUGUUCCUCCCCACCCACGAGUUUCAGCCAGUCCAUGACGACCAAGAAGUGCCCAAAGGGCUCUACAUUCGCAUGAACUUCCAGACGGGCCUGAAAGAGGCCAAGAUAUACGUCCCCGAGACCGACGACCAGCCCAACGACCACGCCGCCGUCGCCGUCGCAUCGAUUGACCUUGAUCAAGAUGGCUCCAUCCGGCGAGUGGAUGAGGCCGUACCCGAGCGGCACCAUCACCAACAAUCGCCCCAGCCUCGGCCCGAUCCGUCUGACCCAAGCUCCUCAACCUCGUCCAGAUCCAAGCAUGUACCUGGCCGCAACGCCUUCGAGGAUCUGGUUGUGAAGCUGCAGGAGACAAAAGACACGACCAAGAUCCUCGAAACCCUGGCAUUCAUCGAGGAUACCGUCCACCAGAUCGACUGGGCUUACGAUUUUGCACGGACCGAGCACGGAAUCCCUGCCAUGAUAGGAUAUCUUGAGAACCCCGAUGCAAACGUCCGUGAGAAGGCCGCGCUCGUCCUGGGCUCGCUGACGCUGAACAACCCCAAGGUCCAGGACUUUAUUCGCGAGCAUAGCCUCUACUCGAGCUUGAGCAACGCUCUGGCCACCGAACCAUCCAUCCGGGUGACCAGCCGCCUGUUGUUCGCAUAUGGAUCGCUGGUGCGGUCCAACCGGGAUGCCCUCCAGUCGUUCCACUCGUACGCCCACGGCCUCUCGGUCCUCUCGCGACUGUGGAAGACGAUCGGCACUGAUCCCAAGAGCUUGGCCCUGCGUGGCAAGAUCCUGACUCUCUUGGCCGACUCCAUGGACACCAACAUGUGGGAGGAGUCUCCCGAUCAACUCGACCUGCGCACCAAGUACGAGGCCAUCGAGGAUCUGCUGGUUGCCGGCCCGCUGCAGACCUGGUGCCAGAUCCUGUACGAGUAUGUGUCUACAAGCGAGCCACAGGCACAUUUUGAGGAUGCCGCAAAAACCCUCAGCCUCCUGCUGCAGGCUCAGCCGUCAUCGUGCAACAGCAAGAUAGUGCCGCCGCUUCGUCAGUGGGCCAAGCAGACUCGCAAGAACCUGGCCGCUGCUCGUUACCAAGACUAUGAUCAAGAAGCUCUCCGAAACUAUCUGACCAACAUCGACACCCAGCUGGCCAAGGCUUGACAGUGCUAUGACGGAUACUCCCAGUAGCACUUUGACCCUGGCUUGUUACCGACAGCAGACUCAUGCGCGGCCUCACCGAGCCAGAAGUGCCAACCAAGAAGAACCGCAGUGCUGACUGUCUGGUUGCUCAGCACAUGCUUUCGCCACACGCAUCUACCUCCGUGCAUCAUCGAGCUUGAAUGCCAGAAAAUGGGCUGGUUGCGUAGUAGCCCAAACAAAUCAAAUGCUGGACGGGCUCUGGCCACCGCAUGCUACACUUUAUUCAGAAAAAACCGGGACAACACAGCCGUUUCCAUGAACAGGUAGUAUGUGAUGUGCUCGCGUCAAGCAAAGCCAUAAAAAAUAAAACAGAUCACUUUGGCAGCCUCCGAGUGAAGACCACCGGUCGCUCUCCG